AUGUCGCGUAAAUUCAUCGUGGGCGGCAACUGGAAGUGCAAUCCCGCGACAGUCCGCGAGGCUAACACGCUCCUCAAAGAGUGGAAAAAGGCGCUGCCAAAUGUGGACAAGAGCAAAGUGGACGUUGUGAUUUGCCCACCGGCCCUCUGGAUGUCCUCCUUGAACGAGUCCAUCGAGGCUCUCGGCAUGAGCACCUGCGCACAGAAUGUCGGCAAGAAUGAUGCCGGAGCCUUCACUGGUGAGUGGACUGCAAGCAACUUGCAAGACAUUAACAUCUCCUGGACCCUCAUCGGGCACUCGGAGCGGAGAACGAAAUAUGGCGAGUCCGACGCAGAUGUUGCGGAGAAAGUCGCGAAGUGCCAGGAUGCUGGGCUCAACGUGAUCCUUUGCAUCGGCGAGACCUUGGAAGAGCGCGAAGGAGGGAAGACCGACGAGGUCAACAAGCGACAGCUGGGAGCUGUCAUCCCAAAAGUCAAGGAUUGGGAUAAGAUCGUGAUCGCCUACGAGCCUGUGUGGGCCAUCGGUACGGGCAAGGUGGCCACACCAGACCAGGCUGAGGAGACCCAGGCGGCCAUUCGAGCAUACCUCAAGGAGGCAGCUGGCGCUGCUGUCGCCGACAAGGUGCGAAUUCAAUACGGUGGCAGCGUCACCCGUGACAACUGCGCUGAGUUGAUCACGAAGCCGAACAUCGAUGGAUUCUUGGUGGGUGGCGCCUCCUUGAAGCCAACCUUCAUGGACAUCGUGUCUGCGGUGGGCCCCUCCAAAAUGGUCGAGAUGUGGCCCAAGUAUGAGGAGAAGAUGAAGAAGGAAGGCUGCAAUGAAACGGCCAUUGCCGCCUUCAAGUACAACUACGGUGUUCUGGUCUCUGGUGCUGAUGUGAUGAUCCCAGAGAGCAAGCUCGACCCAGUGGAUAAGCUGCCCGAGUAUGAGAAGCUGAAAGAGAAACCGGACCCUCGGCUGCUGCGAAAGACUCUCAUCUUGAAGCUGAACGGAGGUCUCGGCACAGGCAUGGGCCUGGACAAGGCCAAGUCCUUGCUCACCGUCACUGAGGGCAACAGCUUCCUUGACCUGAUUGCGAAGCAAGUGGCUAACAUGAAGAAGUCGUUCAAGACCGACUUGAAGUUCAUGCUCAUGAACUCCUUCUCGACCUCGCAGGAUACCCUGGAUGCCCUCUCCAAGUACUCGGAGCUGGGAACGGGCUCAGACCUGGAGUUUGUGCAGAACAAGGCGCCCAAGGUCACCGCGAGUGACUUUUCGCCAGCCGACUGGAGCGCAGAUUCGUCCCACGAGUGGUGCCCGCCGGGCCAUGGCGACUUGUACCCUGCCAUGCUCGGGAGCGGCACUCUGGAGAAGCUCCUGAAGAAGGGCUUCAGGUACAUGUUUGUUUCCAACUCCGACAACCUGGGUGCCACUAUGGACCUCAAGAUUCUGACGCACUUUGUGCAAUCUGGCGCUCCUUUCAUGAUGGAGGUCGCAGAGCGCACUGAUGCUGACAAAAAAGGUGGACACCUGGCAAAAGACAAGGCUACCGGUGGCCUCCUCCUUCGUGAGUCCGCACAGUGCCCGGAGCAGGACGAGAAGGAAUUUCAGAAUGUUGGCAAGUACAAGUUCUUCAACACCAACAACCUGUGGGUCGACCUGGCAGCUUUGAAGAGAGAGUUCAGGAAGAACGACGGGGCACUGCCACUGCCAGUCAUGAAGAACUCGAAGACUGUGGACCCGCGAGACAAAGCUUCCACGAAGGUUUUGCAGUUGGAGACGGCCAUGGGGGCCGCCAUCCAGUGCUUUGAAGGCGCAUCCGCCCUAGUUAUCCCUCGGUCUCGCUUCGCCCCGGUGAAGACCACCAAUGAUCUUCUGGCGUUGCGGUCCGAUGCCUACCAGCUCACUGAGGACUUCACCAUCGUUCUUGCACCAGAGCGUGAUGGAGUUCCUCCUGAUGUGAAGCUGGAUGGUAUGUACAAGUUCGCUGAUGCCAUGGAGAAGCUCAUACCAAACGGGGCGCCCUCCCUGAUUGGCUGCAAAAAGCUCGUCAUUGAAGGACCCAUGACUUUGGCCAAAGGUGUGGUCUUCAAGGGCACAGUCACGGUGAAGAACAGUGGAGCAGAGAAGGAGCUUGCCGCCGGCGUCUAUGAGGACAAAACGGUGGAGCUCUGA